AUGGCAGAGAGAGCCAGGAAAGCGAGACACGGGAGAUACGUGAAACAUGUGAAACACGUGAGACACGUGAGGCACGUGAGGCACGUGAGGCACGUGAGGUGUGUCGUGAGGCCCGUGAGGUGUGUCGUGAGGUGUGUCGCACUGGAACAGCCGGAACGGCUGGAACGGCAGUGGUUGGAGAUGAGCAGAGAAACGAUGGAAACGAUGCUCGGGCCAAUUCCAGACGACCCAGUGCAACGAGUGCAACAAGUUGCCAAGCAGCUGCAUCGGCCUCAUCGGCUGCAUCGAGCGCAAGCGGAAGCUCCCAAGCCCAGCAGCGCAGUCUCAGCUGAAGAUGAGACUGACUCGAAUCACUCGAAGUUUCUGUUAGAACGUUCAGAGCGCUGUGACACCCGUCCAAGUGACUCUGAACACAUGAUGCUCCUCUAUGCAUCUCCCUUGUGUUUUCGUGAUGGUCGUGGUAUGAUACCCUUGCCGCAGAUCCCCGUUGAGAAGGAGUGGGAAACGGUGUUAGGUGCGUACAACGAAGCAGCUCACAUUCUCGCACGGACAUCUUCAUCUUCGCCUGGGGUAUCCAUCAGUGCACAGACGUUGACAGCUGGAAGUCUUCAACGUGCUAUCACAACCUGGCACCCAGGUGUGCUGCAUCUCAGCAGCCACGGGGUGAAAAACUGCUUGGUACUCGAAGAUGGAGGAGGCACUGCCCAUUUCUUCAGUUGUUCGAUGCUCCGGGGCAUGUUGGAGUUGGCUGGUUCAUCCACCCGUCUGGUGCUGCUGAACUGCUGCUCCCUAUCGAGUAUGGGAUACGAAUUCGUGGCUGCGGGAGUUCCUCAUGUGGUGUGCUGUUCCUGCGACCUGAAGGACUCGGCGUCCACGGUGUUUGUGCGGAAUUUCUACGGCUUUUUGUUCCAGGGCUUCUCUGUGCAGCGCAGCUUCAACGAGGCCGUCGUGGCGCUGCGCAGCCACUCGGAGGGACAGCUGCAGGCGGCCUCGCAGCACUUCCGGCUGCUGCCCGAAACCCAAGGCCACGAGGAAGUGCUGUUCCUCCCAAAGGCCAUGGACUACGACUCGGAUUCCAGUGAGGAAGCGACACCUGACUUCGAGCCCGAGCAUGAACUCGGGGAACUUGGAGAUCUGCUGGGGAUGGGAGGGCCUGCGCCAGCCACAGUGAGCUCAAAUGCGGUCGUGGACCUGUCACAGGCAUCUCGCGAGAAGGCUGAUGCUGCACCAGCACCAGCCGCACCAGUCGCACCAGCUCCUCCCCGGCCUCGUCCAGCUGUGGACGGACAAGCGGCCAUGAAGCGUAUCCCGGCCAAUGCCAAAGGCUUUGGCUCUGACGACCUCUUUGGCGCACCGAAGCCCAAAGAUGAUUCAAUUUUCGAGACGGUUUGCAAAAUGCUGCCAGAACAGGUGACUUCGCGGGUGGAUUGUUUGCAAGUCCCCGUGGAGACAGAGACUGAGGUCCAGGCCCCAGUGGCCCAAGCCCCAGACCUCUCGGCAGAACAUACGGCCACAGCGGUAAAUCGAACGGUUGAGGGCCGCUGGGUGCCUACCUACAUGCGGCAGCAGUUGGCUGCCGGUGGACAUACAUCUCUUCCGCAGGCACCCAAUGGCCAUGAGUUCUCUGCAAAUGCUCAGCCACCUACUUGUGGUCAGGCCUUCGUUGACAUGGGCCAUGACUUUGGGGAAGGAGCGCAAGCAGUUUUGGAGUUCAUGGCCGCCAUCUUCACCUCUUUGACCUUUCAAUGCCAGGCGUGUUCACAUCACGCGAUAAGCACCGCCCACGAACAGGUCAUGGCGCUCGGAGAUGACUGGUGUGGUUUCGCAGACGCCGAGGAGGAAGUGGGGCCAGCUCCCAGUGAUUGGCAAGCAUACCGUCACGCAAUGGAUGCAAGCAAUGAUGCUAGCCUGGGACCUUCCCGAGACACGCACCUGGCGCAGCUACCUGCGCAGCACGUGCAGCCCCUGGCGCCGCAUUUGACGCCCGCUGAUGCGGUGCCCGCACCUUGCUCGUUUGGAGCAGAGAGACCUGAGGCCAAGAUGGAGGCUGGCCCAGGCCCCGUUGACAAGGACCUCCUCAUGCAGGAUUUUCUUGGCCGCGAAUUGGACGUGUGGUCUGUUUUGCAACAGCUCAACCAGCGACGGGCUGUGGUGGUUUGCGGUGCCGUGGGCGAAGACUUCGGCAUCGGCAAAAGCGCCAUUUUGGACUCGGUGCAUCGCCACUUCACCCUGCUGGGCCACAGCUGCGUGGCCGUGCCGCUGCGCUCGUUGAGUCAAGUGUCCUGGGCAGGUGAUUGGAUCGAGAAAACAAAUGCUGCGAUUCGGUUGGCAAUUCGCGAGUGCCGCGGUGCCAGGAUGGCAGGUGCUAGCUCUCGACGCCGCAGAUUGCAGGGGCCGCUGCGGACUGGAUUUCAUCCGCUCUCAGACCCUUCCACAGUGGCAUGUUUGUUGGACGAUUUGAUCGACGACUGUAUUGUACUUCAGGACCUUUGCGAUGCACGUUUCGAGUGGACUUCAGGGCACCGAAUUCUUCUUUUGCUGGACGAAUGUGAUCAUUUGGUCCAACAGCAGCAGUUCCAGGAUGCUCUCGCAUGUAUCCUUCAGCGAUGUUCUUCCUACAGCGUUGUAUUGAGCACGCAUCAACCAAUGGUCCCUGCUGGAGCCAGCAAGUUUAAAGUGGUGCAGCAUCGGCUUCAGGGGUUGGUCCCUCGAGACGCUGCCCGCCUUUUACUGCGACGAGCACAACGACCUCUCCGGUGGGGCGAAAUCCAGAGGUCAGAGGAUCCCUCGAGCUUGGUGAUUCUCAACAAGGAGAACGAAACGGAAGUACUGGAGGCGGUGUCAUCCCAGCCCCGCGUGGCAGCUUUGAGGGGCAAUCCUCGGAGGCUGAUUGAGCUGGCCAAUGACUUGGACUCCUUGAACACCGUUCUGACAUGA